AUUCCGUCAGAAGAAAGAGAAGAUCAUAAAUCAUAUGCAAAUUUUCAAAGUGUUUAUGUAAAAGUACUUUGGGUGGGUAUUGUUAAUUGUUAUAGGAAAGCAAUAAAUUGAUCAAGAAACGCUUGCUAUGACAGUGUCCGUGGACGAAGUUUUAAGUCAAAUAGGAGGAUAUGGCAAGUAUCAAAUCCUCAUGUUGAUGUUGGUUGGUUUCAUUGACUUUGGUUUAUCUUCUUUCAAUGUUAUGAUCAUUACAUUUAUCGCUGGAGAACCAACUUGGGAAUGUGUUUCAAAUAGCACUGUGUGUAAUAUAACCGGAAUCGUCGAUACCACCAGUGAUGAUUACAAUGCAAGAUGCGAUAUGCCCAGAUCAGAAUGGAAAUUCUCUGAUACCUUCACCUCUACUGUUACCGAGUUUGAAUUGGUGUGCGACAAAAGUAUUCUGCAGAACGUCUCAUCUUCUCUCUUCUGGCUUGGAUGGUUGAUCGGCAAUUUGGUAUUUGGUCAUAUCGCUGAUAAAAUAGGAAGAAGAAAAGCAAUUUUACUUGGUGUAUUCGCCACCUCAGUUGUCUCCUGGGUGAUAGUUUGGCCCAGAUAUCUUUCCGUAUACAUUAUUUGUCGCAUUCUCACCGGGGUUAGCUGUGCUGGGGCAUCGAUGACAAGUUUUGUUCUCCUUGUUGAAUACAGUGGUGUAAAACAUCGGUCAUGGGCAGGAACGAACAUCUGGUAUUUUGGUUCAGUAUGUUUCAUGUUUCUGUCAUUGUUGGCGUAUUUGAUACGAGAGUGGAGAUACUUGAUGUUAUAUGGUGCGUGUGUAUCUGUCCUAGUCUUAAUGUCGACGUGGUUUCUUCCUGAAUCAUGUCGUUAUCUGUUGGUGAACAAUCGUCACGACGAAGCGGUGAAACAGUUAGAAAAAGUAGGACGCUGGAACGGCAAACCGAUGCCAAAAGUUGAACUGGAAGAACCAAAGCGAGUUGUACAUGAAAAAACGGAUGUCAGAGAUUUGUUUUACGACAAAAAUGUUGCGAAAGUUACUAUUGCUAGCUGGAUUACUUGGUUUGUCUGUGCUCUAGUUUACUAUGUUGUAAGCUAUGGGGCCAUUUAUCUCGGAGGAAAUAUAUACCUAAAUUUCUUCCUGGUUAGCUUGGCUACUGUUCCCUCAACAUUUACAUCCAUCGUAUGCAUGAACAAAUUUGGUCGUCGAAAGGCUAUUGUUGGAGGAAUGGUAAUCUCAGCUGUCGCAUCAGUUAUUGCUGUCUCAAUACCAAGCAACCGCCAACAUAAAGGCUAUACAGCGGGACGCAUAAUAAUGGCCAUGGUGUGCAAAUAUGCCAAUGACGUCUCUUUCAACACCGCUUAUAUUAUUAGUUCGGAGCUAUUUCCCACUUCUGUGCGCUCCAUUGGCUUGGGAACGUCGUCAGCUUGCGCAAGGAUCGGUUCAUUUUUAGCACUGUAUGUUGUUUGGCUGAUUCGUAUCCACCAUUUGUUACCUUACGCUAUUGUCGUUGCCCUUUGCGUUACCGCUGGGUUUACAUGCUUCAAAUUUUUGCCGGAGACUAUUAGCAAACCUACUCGUGAAAGUAUGGAAGCUGUCCUUGAAAUGGGGUCGAAGAAUGUCGAAGAAUUACCAUUAAAUGAAAACGAGACACAAACCGAAAAACGUAUAUAAUAACAUGCAUGUAUCAUACCAUUUAAUUUUUUGCACUGUCACUGAGUCUAAGGAAACUAAUUCACACUUAAUCGCUGACAACUUUUUACCUCCGUAAACGAAUCUGCAAGUAUAUGUUUGAAAGUAGUAUGUCAAAUUCAGAAUUUCUCAUUGUGGGCAUGAUAUUCAUUAUUUCAAUUAUAAACCUAAUUUUCAAACUUGAAAUCUUCUUCAGUCAAUAUAUAGCUAUAUAUAUUCACAUCGCGAUACUUGUGUGGCUAUAUGAUUUGCAUAAAUGCGCUGUUGUAAAAUCAAGGAUCAAAUUAUAAGUUAUUCAAUAUGAAUACAUUAUGUUAUUUAAUAUGAAUACAUUAUGUUAUUCAAUAUGAAUACAUUAUGUUAUUUAAUAUGAAUACAUUAAGUUAUUCAAUAUGAAUACAGAAUAAGAGUAAGCAGACUAUUUUAUGUUAUGAUACAAAAAUAUGUCACUAUACUAUGCUGCAUAGCUAAACGAUAGAAUUUUUCAGAAUAGCCAUGAAGUAGUUCUGUCAGUCCACAGCGGUGCAAAACUGGAGUAAGGCGUUCAUAUAUGCAUGAGACAGGGCGGGCUAACUCGUCAGUGCCGGGAUCUCGGGUAGGGUCGCAGCUGCUCGCAAGAAUGAUUUUCAUUGGCUGAACAUUACAAUACAUUUCUGUUUCAACC